UUAUUGUAUUGUAUGUUAAAAUUAUUAUAUUGUAUGGUAUUUGCAUUUUUUAAAAGAUUCCUUUGGUAAAAUUUCCUCCCAUCCAUUAAUGUGUUGUCAUGAUUUGUGGUUGACUGGUUGAACACACUUCUAAUUGAUUUCGACAAUUUAUAUAAUAUUUCGGAAUUUGAGUGUUUUGGAGAAAGUCAGUAGUUGCUAUAGUAUGAAAAAUGAUUCGAAGUUGGCGUCAGAUGCGACGUCAUCCGGAAAAGAGAAAACUCGGCGAAAAAUACCGCUUAAAAUUGUUUUACGUCGAUUGCCGGCAGCUAUGACAUGGGAGCAGUUAGAAAUUCAGUUAAGUCCAAUUCCGGAAUUCGAAUUCUCUGAAUUUAUCGUUGCCAAGUCAAGUGAAGGAAUGUCGUUUUCGAGAGUAUAUUUCGUUUUCAAGAAAGAUGAUGAUACUAUCGCAUUCAAGGAACGUUUUAAUGGAUAUGUUUUCGUUGAUAAUAAGGGAGGAGAAUCUGUUGGCAUUGUCGAGCUUGCGCCAAAUCCAAAAGUUCCACACGACAAAUUAGAAACUGCCAAAGAACGUGAUUUCAAAUGUGGUACUAUAGAAACAGAUCAUGAAUACAAAAAAUUCUUGAGCGAAAGGGAAAAUCCGCAAAAACCAGAUCUAAUACCGGUGGAACAACUAAUCAAAGAAAUCGAUGAAAAGGAGAAAAUGGUUGAAAAGAAUGCUGUGCAGGAAACACCGCUAACGCAAUACAUGAUCAGAAAAAGUAUCAAACGCAUUGAGGAAAAGCGACGUGCUCGUGAAGAGGAGAAACGUGAGCGGUUGGAGCGUCGUUAUGAAAGUGAACUGAAAGAUAAGCAGGACCGGCAAGAGGCAAAGAAAGUGACUGAGUUUCGUAACUCGAAGUUUGAACGAAGCCAUGAAAGUUCAGUGAAGGAAAAAGAAAGGAUAAAAAUUCGAACAUAUCGAUCCAAUGAUUAUAGCCGUAAUGGUAUGAUGGAAAAAAGCAGUAAAUGGUGUGAUACUAAUGACCGUAACAAAUGUAUUCAGUCACCGAAGAAAGGACAUGAUACGUUAGCCAGCAACUAUCAUUUUUCGAAUAAAACGAAGCAGAAUGAUGAAAAUCAAAGUUUCAAAGCUGAAAAAGUUGAAGGAUUGGAAAGUGAGAAGAAAAUAAGAAAGGAGGAUGAAACUGUCUUCAAUAAAAUUAUAUCAUCGAACGAUAUUAUUGGGCCAACGUCAUCGGACAAAUCGAGUACCAAAAUUUCGAAAGUAGUAAAUCGAAUGCUAACGCACAAAAUCACAGCAACCAAAAAAGAUGAAAAAACCCCAGACGACGGAAAGAAGGAAGAAAAGACUGAAAAUGGUUUUACAAAACCUCGUCGUAAUAAGGAUCGUCCAGAGCGUGCAAUAUAUCAACCUUCUGCCGUUCGGCGUCGAGUUACGACUUCAGUUGCGUCUAGUUUAAAUGCUGCAGAAAAAGUGUCAUCAGCUUCCAAGGAAAAGCCUUGAAUGUGUGAGUUAAGUGAUUCUGCUGGCAUGAAAUACUGGAAGAAUUGCGUAUCUGAAUAGUGGCUAAUGUGUACCAGUGGCAACAACAGCAGCAACGAUGGUUCUUAACAGUUUGUCAACUAAAAAACAUACGAAUUUUGGUCCAACAACUAUUUUGGCCAAAAGAAAUGCGAACUUGGCCAAUUUUGUGAAGACUGAUGCCAGUGAAACUGAAAAGCAUUCUUCCUUAUCAGUUUCAAUUACUCAGUUAAUUGAUGACGAGUUCCAGCGGAAAUCC